CAGAUAUUCUGUCUGACAAGCGUUGGCCGAAAGACGGAGUAUGGGUUGAGAUAAUACCGUUAAAGAAAAUAAUUGCAGGUCUGCUAGUGAAUACUCGAAGUAACCGUUGCUUAAUUGCAAUUAAAACGAUUGUGGCUGGACAUGUUGUAGUAGACUGUGACUAGCGUUAGGCUAUUGCUGGUAACGCGCGCGCCGUCUCUGCCUGUUUUUUUUUUUUUUUUUUUUCCUUCUUGUACUCCAGCUUGCAGCAGAGCACGAGCCACAACGGUGUUUUUCUCCGUUUGCAGCCAGCUCGAGCUCCUCGGGGAGAGAAGACACCGACAGAAAGAGAGAGAAACAGGGGCGAGCGAGGGAAAGAGGGGGAAGGAAGGAGCCCUUGGCACACACUUUACUGUCUUCAAAUGUAAUAUUGUACGCUUGGCUUUUGUGUGGAAACGGUGGAGAAGACAAUUCCAUUACAGUCUCACCUCCUACACAAGGGCUUAUCGCAUGCCUGUUCGUCUGCGUUUCUGAGAGAACUGCCGCCGGUAUUUCCGAAGGAAAAAGAUUUAAGCAGUCCUGGAUUGGGCAUCGAGGGAGCCGCGAUGAUCUCCUUGUGGAGGGGGCAAGGAAUGGCGCGGUGGGCAUUAUGUUGGCUUUUGCUCGCGCUUUGGCGGUUUAGCGCCGCGUGUCCCGAGUCUUGCACUUGCACCAACUCAAGGAUCUCAUGCAUCGAUGAAGACCGAGGAAUUGUGGCUUUUCCCCUCCUACCGUCCGAAAUUAAGAUGGAAGAUGUUACUGAAAUAUACAUUGAAAAUCAGAAUAGAUUAUUUUCCAUCAACGACGAGGACCUGAAGUUCUAUAGGAACCUCAGAAAUUUAACUGUGACGAAUACUGGGCUGACCAACAUAUCCCAGCAGGCAUUCCAGAACAACGGAAAGCUACAGUACCUGAAUCUGAAAGACAACAACUUGUUGUCUUUGUCCUGGAAGAGUUUAAGGAAUUUAAACAUUUCCUAUCCGCUUCUGUCGGGGAAUCCUCUGCGGUGCGGCUGUGAGAAUGUGUGGCUCAGGCAGUGGCUGGGGGAGGAGUCUGAGCACCAGGACCUGUACUGUGUGGAGGCUGACGGCAGGACGUGGCCCCUCUCCAAACUCUCUCUCCCAAACUGCGCGUCUCCCUCGGUGACGGUCAGUUCCUCCAGGGUAACGGUGAAGGAGGGGGGCAACGCUGUGCUGAGGUGUCACACGUCGGGGGUGCCCCGCCCCCACCUCUUCUGGAAUAUCAGCCACCUCGUUUCCAGCUAUGAGGUGAUAGACUCAGACCUGGCGUCGGAGCUGCGGCUCACUAACCUGUCCUCUGGAGACAGCGGACACAGCGUCACCUGCACUUCCGAGAACGUGGUGGGAGAAAACACCUCCUCCGUGGUCCUGGACAUCCUGUUUCCUCCGGAGAUCACCAAGCUGACGGACGCCGUGUCGGACCACCACUGGUGCAUCCCCUUCAGCGUGGCGGGGAACCCCAAGCCGGAGCUGCAGUGGCUCUUCAACGGCGAGCCCCUCCCCGAGGGCGACUACAUCAGCACCCAGAUCCACGACAUGACGGAGAACGAGUACCACGGCUGCCUGCAGCUGGACAACCCCACCCACGUCAACAACGGCCAGUACAGCCUGCAGGCCCGCAACAAGUUCGGGAAGGACGAGAAGUCUAUCUUCUCCCACUUCAUGAAGGAACCCUGGGAAAAUGCAACAGGGUCAGAUGCUGCCUAUUAUGAUCCCACCACAGAGGAUACGCCUGUGGACCCAGAGGACAGCGCAGCGGUGUACGUAGUGGUUGGAAUCGCGGCUGUCGCCUUCACUGGAUUUGUCCUGAUGUUGAUUAUCCUGAAGUUUGGAAGGAACUCUAAGUUUGGAAUCAAAGGUCCUUCCUCAGUCAUCAGUAAUGACGACGACUCUGCGAGUCCCCUGCACCACGUCUCCAAUGGCAGCAAUACGCCCUCGUCCUCAGAGAUGGGCCCAGACGCCGUCAUCAUCGGCAUGACCAAAAUCCCCGUCAUAGAGAACCCGCAAUACUUCCGCAGCACCGGCAGCAUGCUGAAGUCCGACACCUGUAAGUACAGCUUUGUCCAGCACAUUAAGAGGCAUAACAUCAUGCUGAAGCGUGAGCUGGGGGAGGGGGCGUUUGGGAAGGUCUUCCUGGCCGAGUGCUACAACCUGACCCCCGAGCAGGAGAAGAUCCUGGUGGCCGUCAAGACCUUGAAGGAGGCCAGUGAGAAUGCUCGUAAAGACUUUCAGCGAGAGGCGGAGCUCCUGACUAACCUGCAGCACGAGCACAUCGUCACCUUCUACGGGGUGUGCGUGGAAGGAGACCCGCUCAUCAUGGUGUUUGAGUACAUGAAGCACGGAGACCUCAACAAGUUCCUCAGGUGUGUGGGGAACAGAUAGUUCCACAACAGCCAU